AUCGACCGGUACACAAGCGAGGGCUAAAAAAUGAGGAAAGCCAACCGCAUGAGAUCGCGAAAUUGACGAUAUAUCGGCGACAGCCUGCACUGACUGCCUCCAUGUGAUGCGAAUCCUUUGGCGCGCGCGAUUCUGAUUUCGUCCUUGGCAGUUGUUCCUUUUCGGUUCUUCCUGGAUUCGCGUCAAGUAUAUAGUCCUCGACGGGACACCAGAGGAAGCUGUGUGCAUCAUCAUCAUCAACAUCAUCGUCAUUGAGUAGCACGACAACUAUUGUGCUCGGUGUGUCGUAGAUUCCUUGCGAGAAGGAUCGACGAGAAAAUCCAAGAACAGGAGAUACAUUCUGACCGUGCUAGUGGGAGGACGCGUUUUUCACGCUCUCUGCUGCGGAAAAGCAGAAAAGUUGCAACUUUGCAAAAGUGCUUUUGUGAAAAGUGCUAACAGUGUGACAUGGUGUGUAUUCCGUAAACCGAUCAGUGCUCUACUGGAGUUUGCAUAAAUUCAAGGUGGAGAAGUGCUACAAAUAGUGAAAAAUGAUGCUGAAGAAAAAUAUCCUCUGCUGGCUGCUACUGUCAGCCAUAUUGGUUAAAACGGCCUUUUGUGUACCAACGGCAGCAGUAACCGAGGCGGACGACGAUAACGACUCUGAGUGGGACGAGGAUGACGAGUCGUCUGAGGCAGAUGACGACGGACGGAUCUACAAGAAUCCGCGGAAUUUACCCUCGACCGAGUGUCCACGAGACGAGGAGCAAGCGACGCUGCUGGGACAAAAAUGUCUGAGAAAAUGCUCCUCGGAUGAAGACUGCAAAAGUAAGAAGAAGAAAUGCCUGUGCGACGGUGCUUGUGGAAUGUCGUGCAUAAAACCGGAUCGAGAAUGCCCGCCGGUCGACAAACCAGCUAUGGGGGAUGUCAAUGUGUCGGGCAAGCAUUUUGGAUCACGUGCCGUGUACACAUGUCCGCAUGGUUACCACGUGGUGGGGCUACAGAGUCGUCUCUGUCAGGCUGAUGGGACGUGGGCCGGAAGUGAACCGAUUUGCAAGCAAAACAUUUACUGUCUUCAACCUCCGAUUAUUGAGCAUGCACGACAUUCAGCUCUUCCAGAACAAGCCACGUUUGAUUUAGAUUCGACGGUGCAGUACCACUGCCACACAGGUUAUGCAACGGCAGGGUUCCCUAGAGCGAAAUGCUUGGCAGUGGAUGGGCAAGCCAGUUGGUACGGACCGGAUAUUUCCUGCGAACCUCGUUCAUGCGGUCAACCAUCAGAUCCAAACCACGGAUGGCAUUCGGGGGAGAGUUAUACCUUCGGCGGAAAAGUGACCUACCAUUGCGGGGAAGGAUACGAAUUGGUUGGGAAAGCAGAAAGAUACUGCCAAGCGGACGGAUCAUGGACUCCGAAAGAACUGCCCACCUGUGUUUUGGUCACAUCGGUGCAGUGCCCAUCGCCGGAGAACCCGAAGAAUGGCAAAGCUAUCUAUACCAGCACAUCGUACAACUCAGUUGUGAGCUAUGAGUGCCGUUACGGCUACACAUUGGUGGGCGAAAGCUCUCGGCGUUGUGGGGCAGACAAACGGUGGACUGGAACGCUACCUGCAUGUAAAGAAAUCAACUGUGGUCACCCGGGAACUUUGUACAACGGAUGGUUGGAAAACAUCGAAAGUGGAACGGGGCUUGGGGCCAGCAUAAUUUUUCGAUGCCAUCCGGAAAUGUUGCUGGUGGGAAACACUUCGUCCGUGUGCCAGAUAGAUGGUAGAUGGCGAUAUCCGUUGCCUCAGUGCUUGGCUCCCUGUGUGGUGCCCUCGAUAUCGCAGGGUCAAGUGAUACCGAUUGAAUUCGAAGUGGAUGUCAAUCUGACUACGAUAGUGCCAACCAGUGGAAGCAGUUCCAAAGUCAAGCAUGGUACCGUAUUGGAAGUCAUUUGCGACGAACAUUACGAAUUUCCAUUUUCAUCUCUUUCGCCACCCACAUGCAACAAUGGUACAUGGAGUGUAAUACCACGUUGCGCGCCUGCCAGAUGCAAGAUAAUGCCGAAGCCUCCUAAAUUUGGAAUGGUCUUGGCCCCGAAAACCGAGCAUGGGAUGCGUGCUAGAUUUAAAUGCAAGGACGGCUAUACCUUGAUAGCUCCGGGAGGAAAAGAAUUGGCCAAUCCCAAUGAUUACGUUCUCAUUUGCUCCUUUGGAAAUUGGACAGGAGAAACUCCCCAGUGUCAGGAGGUGUACUGCGCGUUCCCAGGUUAUAUUCCGAAUGGAAAGGUAUUGCUGGUAGGUAAUAUGGGUCUCUACGAUUAUAGGCCUUAUGUGAGAAAAGUCAUUAAUAACAAACAAAUUAUGUACGAGUGUGAUAAAGGAUAUGUAAUUGACACCGGUCCACCCGGAGCAACCUGCAUCGGUGGCAAAUGGAGCCCCAGAGAGCUACCCUCUUGCAUUCCAGGCCAGCAUCCUCGAUUAAGGUGGACCCGACGCCGCCGUUCAAUCGAUCUUAAAUUACGAUUUCACAGAUCUAAUCACCUUAAACAGCACUACCGGUUUUUGAAACGAAAGCUCGAAGAACACGACUCAUAUCACCGUCUCUAUCCCAUAGCAGCUCAUGAGAUUGCGAAGCGUAGUGCUUUGGCCUACAGAGGGCAGCUGCCUCACAAAAGACAUUAUAAUUUUGAUGACUUUCAGCGGUUCAGAGCAAAACGAAGCGUCGAAGAAAAUCGCAAUGCAUUUUUGAGAAACUCAAUUCAAGCAUCUUCGAUACGUGAACGACGCCAGUUGUCAGAUGUCGAGCAUGCCUACAAUAAAUAUUACGAAAGGAUUAGAGCUAAAUAUCGUAACUAUGUGCAAAAUUUACUUGGAUACAACAAGAUGCGUCCAUUGCAAGAUAUUCAAGUUCAAGACGGUAGAUGGCAAACAACGGAUCCAGAUUCAAUUUCCAGAAACAGGGUAGCACAAAAAUCUCGAUCGCCCGGAAAUGACUUUGAUGAUGAACUCACAACGAAGUCUCCACGAUUGCCAAAAAAUAAAGUAAAUAAAUCACGAAUCAAGUCAAAGAUGCAACCGCCUAUUGUUAUCCCAAAUAUCAAUGAAGAAUCCACGUAUAAAUACGACUUUCAUGAUGUUCCAGACGCCAACAUAUCAAACCACGUUGGAGAUAAUGACAUUUACUCCAACUACUUUCCUCCGCCAUUGACCGGAAGAUCUCACACAAGCUGGCAGUUUGCGUCAGAACUAAACCCAAAAGUACAAAGACGAUCAGAUCCCUACAGCCUCUAUGCCACUUUGUCUCGAAACAUCAGCUAUAACGACAAAAAAUCUCUAUCAACUCCGGCAAUGAUGCAGCACCUGCACUCGCAAAUUAUUCGGCGAAAGCGAGAUACUAUAGAAGUAUCGGCAUCGUCUGCUGAAGAGACUCGAAGAGCGCAGAAAAAUAAUCGCAAGAAUGCCGGAGCCGUUGUUAACCAGACUGACCCAAGCGGAGCGGAUGGUGAUCCAGCAAAGAAAAUCAAAUUCAAGGGACCCUGCGAGCCGUUGGUCAGUGAGUCCCAUGCACUGCUGGAAAUCGUUAGACCCGGUAAGGACCCGAACGAAGCAUUCGGUCCUGGCACAAUUGUACGAAUGGUGUGCAGCAAAGGAUAUAUUUCCAACAUGGUCAGUCCGAAUGCAACGUCCAAGUGCGUAAGAGGCCGCUGGAAGCCCAUUAGGCCGACUUGUAGCAUGAAACCCUGUUUUGCACCAUCGACCGAGCACGGAAAAUAUUACUCCAGUCAAAUCGAUAUGGUUACGAUGGACGCUGCCAAGCUGUCCACGACGGCAGCUUUAACCCCGAUGGAGACCAUCGAGAAUGCGCAGCAGAUUACGUUUCAGUGUGACCAGGGCUACAAUACCCAAGGCCCAUCCAGUUUGCGCUGUUGGAAUGGGGAAUGGGCAGUGACUUCUAUGCCGGAGUGUCUUCCGGCACCAUGCGUUCUUCCACCGAUUAUGCAUGCUAUGUACCAAGGCGGUUACCGGGCAGGCCUCACAAUCGCUCAUGGAAGUUCGGUGAUGAUACAGUGCGAAAGCGGUAUGGGAAGCGCAGCACCUGUACAGAUGGAUUGUGCGCUUGGAUCGCUUACACCGGAAACUUUAAAUUGUGGAUAUAUUGCAUCCGCAUCUGCUUCACGUAAAUCCCGGGAUGACGACAGUAGUUCUAUAAUUGUGCUGGAUGGCAGUAAUGUAACGUCUUUGGAGGAUGAAAAUGACGGCAGGGAGUGUGGACCUCCGGGCAAGAUUCAUGGUUCAUUGGUGUACAAAAAUGGCGAACAGAUUGAUGACAGCGAAGAGGGUUUCCCAUCGGGAACGGAGAUUACUUUCGAUUGCAUUGUGAGCAUUACCGGAGAACAAACUACCUGGAAGAUAAUCUGUGAAGAUGGUCAAUGGAUAGGUCGAUCCAUGAAUUGCGAUGAUGAUGACCCACUGUACCAUCGGAUUCCUUCUGCCAAUGGUUCCUGUAUGUUCCGCAACAAUGAGCCCCAUGUGGUGAGCUUCUACAACGACCUUGAGAUAAGAGAAGACAUCGUUGAGUUUCCACCAGCGACCACCAUCAUAUCCAGGUGCAUAGACAUUGGAAAAUAUGCAAUGAUCGGAACCAGCGUUAGGACAUGUGUUCGAUCUGAAUGGACAGGUCAAAAGCCAUCAUGCUUUGGAUUAAAUCAGGAAAAUGAUUAUGCAAUGGAAAAACCGCCAACGAUUUUGAUUCGUCACCAAAAUGGGCCAAUUGCGCAAAGUAACGACGGCAAGCUCAUUGUGUACCCGGGAACGACCGUCCACCUGGAGUGUCUUUGGAUGAGACGCUUUGGCAAUCCGAAAUGGAAUGUCAGCCAUGACUACAGGAAAUAUCCGGAAGGUUGGAGCUCGGACGAGGGACGCGAUCCGCAGCUGGAGUACCGAAUCAGCAUCAUGCAUGCGGUGAAGGAUGAUUCUGGAAUUUUCACCUGUGUAACACCGGCUCGGCACACACACGCUGUGGAAGUGAUUGUUAAGCCAGUUCACUGCAACGAAAUUCAAGUGCGACGUGGACUUUCCGCCAGCACAUCGGAGACGAUGAUGGGCAUCCGGGUGCUGUUUUCGUGUACGAAUGGAAACGCACUGAUCGGUACACCGGAAAUUACUUGUCUGCCAAGUGGCAAUUGGAGCGCUCCUCUUCCCGUAUGCGAGAGUGUCGAAUGCGGCGAGGUGCCAAUCCAAGCCAACAGUAAUGGGUCGGCACCGAGAGUGGCUAUACUUUCGCGUGAGGUCGGAGGCCGGUCAGCAUUCUCCUGUCCGCCUGGGUACGGGCUACGAGGGCCCAGCGAAGCAAUUUGUUUGCCAUCUGGAGAGUGGGGUGGCCCGUUCCCGACGUGCGUCGAGGUUCAGUGUUUCCACCCCGGAGCUCCACAGAAUGGUUACGCGCAGGGAACGCCUCCAUACAGAGCUGGAGACGUUGUGCAGUUCAAUUGCAACCCGGAAUACAUGAUGCAAGGUCAGCCUAUAAUUGCCUGUCAGGAUAAUGGACGAUGGUCAGGAGGUCUACCCAAAUGUGUGCAGGCGUGCUCGUACCCUGGCACGGCAAUCAGCGGCCGAAUGUCUUCCGUCAAGUUCUACUACUCAAUAGGCGAGAGCAUUACAUUCACGUGUGAUAACGGCCUGGAACUGCGGGGUGCCAAGAUGCUCAAGUGUUUGAAAAAUGGCAAAUGGUCCAACGCCAUUCCCACCUGUGUCAAUCCGGAUGCGGUGAACGUGCGAAGCGAUGCCAAAGGCAUCUUCAAGCGGGAAAAUUAACUCACGCCGGUAGGCGGUGUUUGCAAUCCUUGGCACGGAUCUCUGGAUCUGGAGUGGUUUCUAUUUCCCUGAAUGCUACCCUGGGGAGACAUACAUAUAUCAAUGAAACAAACCGACUUAUACUUAGAUGAUAAUCGUAGACGUUCCACGUAGGCUGGAUCAAUCAAAUUUUAAUGAAGACAUCCAUUAUACACGUUGACUGUUUUAAGUUUACUGCGGAGACACCAAGGAAGUUAGGAUUAAUAAGCAAUUCCGAUUCGUGCACUAUGGCUUGGAACGAGGAAAUGGCAAUUCUAAUAAAAUAAAAUUAGGCAACACGUUUUCAUGUUUGUGUUGAUUGUUUAACGUGUUGACUUAAUAUUCAACACAAUCGAAAAUCAGCUAUCCACGUGCAUCCACGUGCAUUUUUUGUAUUUUUUUCAAGAACAUGAGUAGAAUGGAGGUCAGGUUCUAGCUCAAAACAGUAUGCCGAAAAUAAAAUGAUGGUAUCUGUAUUUCGCUUGGGAACAACGUUCGACGAUCGAGAGCUUUUAUAAACCAGUGGACUUUUCUAAUUUUAACAUUGUAAAAGAAAUUGAUUUUCCAUUCUGCGGCACGACAAUUCCUUAGUCGGUUGACGCCGAUAACCGCACCGAGACGCACAGACCACAAACCGAAGCAUCGAAAGCCUUUAUUGUUUUAUAAUUGUUAUUAGCCUUGUGAUGUAUAUCGCUACUUUGUACGAUUUGCAACAUUAUAAUACAGUCUGCUUUAUUUCCUGCGCCAAAGUGAACAUUGGGAAUGAACAGAGUUGGUCAAAAUUAUCCACCUGAUACGAGUCAAUAAGGUCAAUGAUAACAUUUGCCAAAUUUCACAGUAAAAUCAUUAUCAGCUGCUUGGAAAUGCAGAACUGUGGCCCUUUAUUAGCCAAUUUACAUGUUCUAACCCAUAGUGCCGAUAAAAUGGAAAAAGACAUAAAACAACUGAAAUAAAAUUUAAUUCGCUCCCAGCACGUUACUCGUUUAUUUGCUUGUUGGGUCGCGCUUUCUCUCUCUGUGCCAAACGACGAUGAUAAUCGCUGGGCGGAGAAAUCAAUUUAACCGCGACGAUGUUAAAUUCGUAGGUACGGAUAAUGGCAAUCAGAUUAUUAACGGCACACAAAACGGAUGAUAAAGACAAUGACAACGUUGUAAAUGUGAAUCGGUUUUGUUGGUGGGCUAUAUCUGUAUAGGAAUAGGUUUUCUCCCAUUCUGUAUUGCCGCACAUUUGCUAUCAAAUGGAAAUCACUGAAUACUCAUCCCACCCAAACCAAAAACAUUUACAGUAGCACGAUGCAUAUCUAUAGAGUUAUAUUUUUCAUAAUUUUCCAUGCAUAUAAAUUGGAUGGCACUGCAAAUUUGAAUAUUAAUAUUAAUUGGAACGGGACAUGCGAAAGUAAAAAAAAAUACAACAAGUGAUAGCAAUGUUUACGGACUAGUGUUUAUUUCGGUGCCAUUUUUCUGUGUAGACUAAUUGUUAUUUCACGCUGAUGUUGUAAAUAGAGGAUUGAGUGUAAUUUAUUUAUUUAUGUAUUCAUUAAUCCACUAUCGGUGUCCGAACUGAGGCAUAUUGGAAAUUAUGAAUUCCUGAAUUAUGGAUGCUUCUUGAUGUAUGGUUUUAGUGUUGUCAGCAAUGAAUGCUGUGUAAUUGUUUUACCUACAAAUACUGACAUCCAUAAAAUGGAAGAAUAGAUGAUAUUUCACAAAUAAAUCUUAAUUGAUUGAAAAUUUAA